AUGGUCAUGGCCAAUUACGCAAUCCAUCGUGUGCUAAUCGACAAUGGUAGUUUUGCCGACUUGUUAUUUAUUGAUGCAUUUGACAAGAUGUGUAUUGGCAAGGAAAGGUUAAGGCCAACGAAGUCCCCCCUUGUUGGUUUUUCUGGAGAAAAUGUUUUCCCUUUAGGUGUAGUCACACUUUCGUUGACAGCUGGGACUAGUCCGAAACAAAUAACCGUGAUGGUAGAUUUUCUGGUAGUAGACUGUCCAUCUACGUAUAAUAUAAUCCUAGGGAGAAUAACUUUGAAUGUAAUGAGAGCCGUCACUUCAACAUACCACCUAUUGAUACGGUUUUCUAUAAAGCAAGGCAUUGGUGAGUUAAGAGGUGACCAAGCCACAGCAAGGGAGUGUCAUGCCGCUGCUUUAAGAACAAAAAAGUUGCAGGAAGCAUUGGCCAUUGAGAAACCAGAAGGGUUAACUGAGAAGGAACUCAAUCAAAGGGCGGAACCAGUGGAGGACCUCGUAGAGAUCGACUUGGAUAAAGAAAAAGCUGGAAGAAAGAUGUGUUUGCAUAGGCACAUGACAACAUGCCUAGCAUCGACCCCUCCAUUGUGCAGCAUCGGCUCAAUGUGGAUCCAUCUUUCAAACCGGUCAGACAAAAAAGUACCCCCAUUGGCUGUCAAUGUGGUCCUGGUCGAAAAGGUAAAUGGCAAGUGGAGGCUUUGUGUUGAUUUUACAGAUCUAACUAAGGCUUACCCAAAGGAUAGUUUUCCUUUACCAAGGAUCGAUAUGUUGGUUGAAGGAAUAGCAGGACAUGAGUUACUUAGCUUUAUGGAUGCUUACUCCUAA